GAACCUUCUGCUUUUAUGUCAUCUCUCCUCUCAAGACUCUUCUUCAUAUUAAAAACUAAAGCAAGAAAGAGGAAAAAGAGAGGGGAGAGAGAUAGUGUUCAUAGAGUAGAAAAGAUAUACAUAUUCUGGAGAACUAAAUAUGGGGAGGGGUAAGAUUGAGAUUAGGAGGAUUGAGAACUCAACCAACAGGCAGGUGACCUUUGCUAAGAGAAAGAAUGGGAUCAUCAAGAAGGCUAAGGAAAUCACUGUUCUUUGUGAUGCCAAGGUUUCUCUUAUUAUUAAUGCUAGCUCUGGGAAAAUGGUCGAGUACAACAGCGGCUCUCCAGAAACGUUGCUGGAAAUCUUAGAUAGAUACCAUUCACAGACUGGGAAGAAGUUGUGGGAUGCCAAGCAUGAGAACCUCUCCAAUGAACUGGAUAGAAUCAAGAAAGAAAAUGACGGCAUGCAAGUCCAGCUCAGGCAUUUGAAGGGGGAGGACAUAACAUCUUUGAACCACAGCGAGCUGGGGAACUUGGAGGAAGCACUUGAGAAUGGCCUUACUAGUGUCAGAGGCAAGAAGUCAGAUAUCGUCCAGAUGCAAAGAGACAGUCACAAAGCUGCGGAGGAAGAGCAUGAUCGCCUCAAUUAUGAGCUGCACAAACAGACCGUAAAAUCUGAAGAGAACUUGAGGGACAUGGAGUAUCAUCAGAGGAUGUCCCAGAUGUCUUUCUUCCGAGUCCAGCCUAUUCAGCCUAAUCUCCACGACGACCAUAAUAGAGAAUGAAAAUUAAUUAAUAACAUAUAUCUUACCUAUAUGUAAUGCUAGUGAUGGUGCCCUAGCUCCUAUCUUCUUUUCGAUCAAGAAACUAAUGCUUUCUAUCAGUUCAGUUAAAUUUCAUGGUUUGUAAUAUUAUCGCGCGCAGAUGGUAGUUGAGCUAAUCUUAUUAUGACUAAGUAAUGAUCGAGGAACUUGUAAUAAUAUUGAGGUGUGUGUCUGAGCUACAAUAGACAUACUAAAUCACCCUUGUCA